AUGACUUUUAUUCAAGAUAACAUUUUCAUAGGCCAAAUGCCUAAUCGUAUUGUUGUGACUUGCGUCGAUAAUUAUGCCUUCAAUGGAAACUAUAAAAAGUCUCCUUUUGAAUUCAAGCAUUAUAAUAUGAACUUUAUCGGCGUUUAUGUAGAUGGUCAACCGGUACCUCAUAAUCCCCUUCAGCCUAAUUUUGAGAAAAACCAUUUUAUACGAGCUUAUCAGAAUUUAUUUACAAAUGCAGACGACCGAGGACUUUACCUUUCAAGAUCAGAAUUUUCAAAGGGAUAUUCCUUAUUUCGCUUCGACCUGUCACCUGAUCUUUGUGAUGGCUCUCAUUUAAAUCUAAUUCGACACAGCAACUUAAGAUUAGAAAUAAAAUUUGACAGUCCUUUAGAACAAACUGUUACCUUAUUAGUGUAUGCUGAAUUUGAAAAUUUGAUAGAAAUCAAUAAAGCUCGAAAUAUUCUGUAUGAUUUUGGAAACUGA